CACAAGUUUUUUUGCCCUACAUGAUGAUCGUACAUUUGAGUUUUUUAAGCAACUAUAUAUGGUGCUUUGUGUGUCUAGCUCGUCAGUUAACCUACCAAACAACUUUCUACCUCGGAUUAUGAUAGAUAAUUCAAUUAUUUUAGUUAAAAAGCCGACAGAUAUCGAUGAAACCAAAGGUCAAAGCCAACUCAACGCACUGAAAAUUUCGACACGAUGUUCGAGACAUUUUCAAUUGUUUUGCUAAGUUUACAAUUGCAAGUUGCAAUGUCGAAAGAGAGGCUAUUUAAUCCUGUAAUUUUGAGUAAUAUGUUAUACAAGGAGAAAAUCAUCCCAGAUGUAAUUCAGUACGCUCCUGUUAAUGUGUUGCAGGUGCGCUGGGAAAAUGUCUCUGCAGAUCUAGGUGAAGACCUUUUGCCCGAACAGUUGAACAAAAAACCAGUUUGCUCUUGGCCAAAUGAUGACGAGAUUUACUAUUCUCUAAUUUUUAUCGCCCCAGAUAUGCCCGAUCCGAAUAACUCUACGCAACGAGAGUACCAGUGUUGGGUGGUUGUGAACAUUCCUGGAAUUCACGUGGAUCACGGCCAAGUUUUGACUGAUUAUAUUCCACCUCCGACGCCAACUGCACAUGGUUCUCAACGGUAUAUUUUCCUGGUUUAUAUCCAGCCAAAAGGGAACAUGUCAUUUUCGCAGGAUUAUCUUCCUCCAGUGCCAAACGAUAAAGCGCGGCAGAAAUUUUCGACUGCCAAGUUCACAAAAAACCAUGCCUACGGAGUGCCGUUUGCUGGUAACUGGUUCCGAAUUAACUGGGGAUCAUUCAACAGAUCUUAAGGGGAAAUGCCUUUGAUCCAGAUUUUUUACAGUUUUUGUUUUUUGUACAGUGUGAAAAAGUCGAAAGACUGUGUAAAUUAUUUUAGUACAGAAAUGAAAAGAAAUAAAGACAUCUACACAACCUUC